GAAAGGCGGGUCUAAUCUACAGCGCCUAGGAAGAAGAAGACGGCCAUCUGCGUGAGGUCGCAGGCAGGCCUUUGUGAUGCCCAGACACUGUUCUGCUGUAGGUUGCAAGUCAAGAGACACAAAAGACGUCCGGAAAUCUGGAAUCACUUUUCACAGGUUGCCAAAGAAAGGAAACCCUCGCCGCACAACUUGGAUUAUCAACUCUCAUCGCAAAGGCCCUGAGGGAAAAGGCCAGUGGGACCCUCAGAGUGGUUUCAUCUAUUUCUGCUCUAAACACUUCACCCCUGAUAGCUUUGAACUCUCUGGAGUCAGUGGCUAUCGCAGACUGAAGGAUGAUGCGAUUCCCACUGUAUUUGAAAUUCAGCCUCAUGAAAGAGGCACUGCUGGGAAAUGUGCAACAAAACGGAGAGGUAGACCUCGAAAGGUGGAUAAAGGGAUCAGUGGCAAGAACUCCAAUGAUAAUGACGGAUCAGAAAGCCACGAGAUCUUCAACAAUGAGACUGAGGUGCUAAAAGUAGCAGAUGACGAGUGUGAAAAAGGCGACGGGGAGGAUAAUCAUGAGCAGCCUCGUUCAUCCGAGACGUUAUUAGAUGAACAACCUCCUGACCCCUGUUCUCCUCAACCCUCUCCACGUCCACCGUCUCCAUCAUGCUACAUGAAGCGCCUCCCCCCGCCUCCUGGCUUUUACUUGCCGAAAGAGCACAACUACGCUCAGUUGUGCCCUCUAGUGUGGCGAAAGCGCUAUGACAAAGCAAUCGACAGCUUGGAAAAAGCGCUGCGUCUUCUGAGUGCCGCCCGCCGGCGGGAGAACCGCCUACGCCACGCGCUGCUGCGCCUCAGAGAGAACCGACUGAGGAGUACCCUGUCUCGCUCAAAAGACGGGGUGAAAGGGAAGGAGGCCCGAGGAGGUAGGUUUUCAAGCUGGGCCGCUCAAAAGGGACAAGGGACGAAGGUGGAAAGAGGUUGCAAUCUUGAGGGAUUGGAGGAGAGUGCAACUGAUGAAAUGGAUCUUCUCGCCGAGGGAUGGAACGGACAGGGACAGGCGAGGCCAAAAGUCACAGCGGAGGAAGACGAAGGGUGCUGUUUUUAUUGCGGAAGAGACAAUGAAGGAAAUAAAAUAAGUGGGUACAAAGAUGAGGUUCAAGGAUCUCAGGCGAGACAUAAACCUAAAAGAAUCCAGGAAGUCAAAAGGAAAGCAAAGGUGUUUAAAGAGCAAAAGCCAGAGAACUCUAGGACCGACGUGUCGCCCGUGGAGCAGCAAAGCUACUACUUGUAUUUCUGUGAGAGCACAGAGAAUGAGGACGCAAUGCAGAUGGUCACCAUGGAAUUGCAACCGCAUCAGUUGAGCAACGAGGACGAAGCGUCUCUCGAGCUCCAUGAUAAUGCAGAAGCAAUCCAGGAACUCGCUCUACUUCACCCACAGACUGACAUAUCACAAUACUCCGCAACAAUACAGGAAACUUCUUCAGCAUUCCAGCUACAGCAAAUCCAAGUGCUUCAGCCGCAUCAACAACUUCUUCUCCCCGACCUCGGCACGAAGGAAAAGAGCGAGGUGGAGAUCGAGCAGGGAGAGGGACAGCAGUUUUUCUGGGUACAGGAAAAGACAGACGAUCAUGUGCUACUGAUGCCAGUUGUUGCUGAAACGGGGGAAACGAACAGAGUCGAGGUCGAGACUAUUUUGGAUGGAUCUCAGUCAAAGGCCUCUGAAGAAAGGGAUGGAGUGACUGUGAAGUGUGAUUCCAUGAUACUGACGUCUACGGGGUGGGAAAACGGACAGCUCACGCACCAGUCGGACCAUGUCAGGGAGAGACUGAAGGAACAUUUAGAGGGCUUUCAGCUUCAGCUUAGCAGCGAGUUUAUCGACUGAUGCGUCUCUGUUGUUAUAGUACUAUCUAAUGGUUUUAUUCUCCACUUUCAGAACAUGCACAGACGGCUAAGAUGCAUGAAAGACAUCAUUUUGGCAGAAUAUUGAUUAAUAGACUUUUAAUACAUUCAUUCAAUAAAACUCUUUGGCUUCUAAAA